AUGUUGAGUGCAGGGACCGACGGUCAGGAUGGUCCAACUGAUGCAGCAGGUGCAUUUGGAUAUCCUGCUAUUGGACCAUUGAUUCAUGAUAUAUAUGCAAAAGUAAACUCCAUAACUUCAAGGGUGAUAGUUAAAGAAGGAGAGAAGGAAGAAGCUGUUAGAAAGAAAGAGGAAGAACAAGAGCAACUCAAAAUACAACAACAACUUAAAGAUCUGUGCAAAGCACAGGAAUUAAGUGGAUUUUUAGCAGAAGAAGAAAUGAGUCCCAAUAAAAGCGAGACAGAUGAAAGUGACGAUACACUUCCAUUUAUACUUCGAACAAUGGAGGUAGAACGUAUGUUACCCGAAAAUACUUUGAAAGAGAAUGAUACAUACAAUUUCUAUUCCCGAUUUAAAAAAGGUUCAGAUUUAUUUAAAACUGGUUUUACUGGCACCAAUGUUAUGGAUUUACACUUUAUCUAUAUAAAGAAACGUAAAUGUGGCUGUAAAAUAGAUUUUGGAAAAGAAGCUUUUGAAAACGAUUUGGAUAUGCACGAUUUGCACAUUGAUCCUUCAACUAUAGAAAAAUAUAAAAAUUUAUAUAAACGAGAACCUUUUGAUUGGCACAAAUUUCUACUUAAACCAUCAGUUGCGGUAGACGAAAAGGCCGAUCAACUUAAUAUAAAAAUUACUGAUGAUAAUUUAACUGAUCCAUGUUGUCGCAGAGAUAGAAAAUUUCCACUUACGAAUCUUUUAAAGGCUUCUUCAAUAAAAAGCCAUGGAUGGCAUGGACCGCCUAAGAACGAUGGUCUACGCAUUCCAUGUUCCAAUACUGCUUUUAUAGCGGGACACAACGUUCCCCUGACUAAGUCAGUAACAGCUUCGCUAACGGCAUCAUCUCCAGCACAUCAUCAGGAUUACCCACCAGACCACCUUGGUCUGUCAUUAAAUAGGCCAAAUGUCUACGUCUAUGAGUUUCAACCAAAACGUCUGUUAAUGAUCCACUUACUUCUAAAGAUGUCUAAAAGGAAAAAAGUUUCGAAUAUUAUAUUCGAAAAUGGAAAACUUAAUCAAAUUAGCUUGGAGCUAAUAUUGGUGCUAUCUAUGUCAGUUUGGCUUAUGGCUAGGCUUACAAGGUUAAUAGAAAAUGAAAUUAUAAUGUUAAAAAAAUUACCUGACAUUCUCAUCCAAAUUUGGGGUCUAAGAGAAUGA